UUCCUCUCAGCCAAUUAGAGAGGCGAAGCGUCCUCACUUUGGGCCAAUAGACUGCGAGGCCAGGGCCCGCGACGGUUAAACGGGGCUGAGGACGGAGGCAGUCGGCUGUGUAGCUUGUGGGUGGUUUCGGAGUCGGUGGCCGUCGCUCCGCGGCUGCGGCGCGAUCUGUUGGAGUCCUGCGGUGGGCCGGGCCAUGCCGACCCGGGUGGAAGACUACGAGGUGCUGCACACCAUUGGCACAGGCUCCUACGGUCGCUGCCAGAAGAUCCGGAGGAAGAGCGACGGCAAGAUAUUAGUUUGGAAGGAACUUGACUAUGGCUCCAUGACAGAAUCUGAGAAACAAAUGCUUGUUUCUGAAGUGAAUUUGCUUCGUGAACUGAAACAUCCAAACAUUGUCCGUUACUAUGAUCGAAUCAUUGACCGAACCAACACAACACUGUACAUCGUAAUGGAAUAUUGUGAAGGAGGGGACCUGGCUAGUGUAAUUACAAAGAGAACCAAGGAAAGACAAUACUUGGAUGAAGAGUUUGUUCUUCGAGUGAUGACCCAGUUGACUCUGGCCCUAAAGGAAUGUCAUAGACGAAGCGAUGGUGGUCAUACUGUGCUCCAUCGGGAUCUGAAACCAGCCAAUGUUUUCCUGGAUGGCAAGCAAAACGUUAAGCUUGGAGACUUUGGGCUAGCUAGAAUAUUAAACCAUGAUACGAGUUUUGCAAAGACAUUUGUUGGCACACCUUAUUACAUGUCUCCUGAACAGAUGAAUUGCAUGUCCUACGACGAGAAAUCAGAUAUCUGGUCACUAGGUUGUUUGCUGUAUGAAUUGUGUGCACUAAUGCCUCCAUUUACAGCUUUCAACCAGAAAGAAUUAGCUGGGAAGAUCCGAGAAGGCAAAUUCAGGCGAAUUCCAUAUCGUUACUCUGAUGAAUUGAAUGACAUUAUUACAAGGAUGUUAAAUUUAAAGUAUUACCAUCGACCUUGUGUUGAAGAAAUUCUGGAGAACCCUUUGAUAGCUAACUUGGUUGCAGAAGAGCAAAGAAGAAAUUCUGAGAGAAGAGGGCGACGAUUAGAACCAGAAAAGCUGCAGGAUUCCAGCCCUGUAUUGAGUGAGCUGAUACUAAAGGAAAUACAGUUACAGGAACGAGAGCGAGCCCUCAAAGCAAGAGAAGAAAGACUGGAGCAGAAGGAACGAGAGCUUUGUGUUCGCGAGAGGCUGGCAGAGGAUAAAGUGGCGCGAGCCGAGAGCCUGAUGAAGAACUACAGCCUGCUGAAGGAAGAGAAGCUGCUGUCUCUGGCGAGCAGUCCAGAACUUUUCAAUCUUUCAUCCUCGAUAAUUAAGAAGAAAGUUCAUUUCAACGGGGAGAGUAAGGAGAACGUCGUGAAGAGUGAGAAUUCUGAGAGUCAGCUCACCUCCAAAGCCAAGUGCAAAGACCUGAAAAAAAGGCUUCAUGCUGCCCAGCUGCGUGCCCAAGCCUUGUCAGACAUUGAAAAAAAUUACCAGCUGAAAAGCAGACAGAUUCUGGGCAUGCGCUAGCCGAGCCGGAGACACAGAGCUGUGCAUGGCGUUUACUGCUGCCAACCCUGUCAAGACUGAUAUUCAACUGCUGUAGCUUGAUAUACUUGGUUCUGUGAGCCAUGCUUCUCUGUACAGUAAGCGCGAUGUUUUGGAAUUGCUUUUGCUGUUUUUCAGCAGUAAUUAUAUAAAAUGUCCACACCUUUAGUUUUUCUUUCUUUUUCAAAGAACACUUUAUAGAAAGAAUGACACUUUCUCGCUUGGGCUUUUAAAUCCUGAAUGUGAUUACUACUGGAAUAAGAAAUGUUACAUGCUAAAUGUUGGAGAAAAAUGAUGUUAGGAAAAAAAAAAAUUUACCCAGGGGUAGCCCUUACUGAGAACUUUUAAAUGGCUGAGUGGUGUGCUUCCAAUCGUCGUGUCUGGAUUUAAAAUUUACAGUCUGAGGUUUGAAAAGUUCUAGAGAUUAGAAAACCUAAUUGGAUACGAACUGGUCAUUAAUACCAUGAUAUCUUACUUAUAAAUAUCGCUUACAAAUAUCCCGUUGCCUUGUAGUGCAAAUCUGUCACGUUUGUUAAAAUUCAUCACUGUGAUGUCUGUAUUCUUUUUCCCCCCCUUUUUAUUCUGUUUAAUUGUAUAUAAGCUGGCUGUCAUUUACUCACCUCUUUAUCACUAAAUAAAACAAUUCUUUAGUUUUCCU